AUGGCGGAGGCUUCGCUGCAGCCCGGAUGCUACCUCUUCUGCCCGUGCUGUUCGACCGAGAUCUCCCAGAGGCUGCCGGAUUAUAUCUGCCCACGGUGUGAGUCUGGUUUUAUUGAAGAGCUUCCGGAAGAGACCAGAGCUACUGAAAAUAGUUCCAACUCUGCUGCAGCUCCCAUGGAUCAGAACAGACAACUAUUCGAGAAUGUGGAUCAGCAUUUAUUCACCUUGCCACAGGGCUAUGGCCAGUUUGCCUUUGGGAUUUUUGAUGACAGCUUUAAAUUUCCCACAUUCGGCUCUGGAGUGCAAUCUGAAGACGCCAGGGACUCAGAGAACAAGCGGGAGAGAGAACACCAGUCCCUUCACCGCUAUGACGCACUGUAGCCACGGGCCCGCCUCACUGCACCUAGUGCUGCAGGCAGGCAUGAAGGCGUCCCAACAUUAGAAGGGAUUAUUCAGCAAUUGGUCAAUGGAAUUAUUGCACCUGCAACAAUACCAAACCUGGGAUUGGGCCCUUGGGGCAUUUUGCAUUCAAAUCCAAUGGACUGUGCGCGGGGCGCCAAUGGCCCGGAUGCUAUCAUUACACAGCUCCUUAAUCAGUUUGAAAACACCGGUCCCCCACCAGCAGACAAAGAGAAAAUACAAGUCCUUCCCACCAUACAAGUCACAGAGGAACAUGUAGGUUCAUGGUUAGAAUGUCCUGUAUGCAAAGACGACUAUACACUGGGUAAGAGUGUCCCGCAGUUACCUUGCAAUCACUUAUUCCAUGACGGCUGCAUAGUCCCCUGGCUGGAACAGCAUGAUACCUGCCCAGUGUGUCGGAAAAGCUUAAGUGGACAGAACACUGCCACAAAUCCCCCGGGACUAACAGGAAUGAAUUUUUCUUCUUCCUCUUCCUCCUCCUCCUCCUCCAGUUUGCCAAGUAAUGAAAACUCAACAAACAACUCAUGAAUCUCACCACCAGCC